AUGGCUUCUUCCUCAACUCCCAUGGUCAACGGACACCCUCAAGAGCGCCCUCAAGUGUUCAUCAACUUCAGAGGAGAGGAACUACGCAAAAACUUUGUCAGCCAUUUGGAGGACGCCUUGAAGGAUGAGGACAUCAACUACUUUAUUGACACGAUGGCAGAUCCAGGGGACGAGAUGGUUAACCUUUUCAACCACAUCGAGGAGUCGAAAGUCGCACUUGCGGUUUUUUCUGAACGGUACUCAGAAUCAAACUGGUGUCUGGACGAGCUGGUGAAGAUUAUGGAGAGGGUCGAUGAGAAGAAACUUAGAAUCUUCCCCAUCUUCUUCCAUGUGAAGGUAGGAGAUGUGAAAUACCAGAAGGGGAAAUUUGGUGAAAACUUAAGAAAAGGAGAAGGCCGUGACCUAUGUAAUAUGGAUAAAUGGAAGAAAGCUUUGCAGUCAGUUUCUCGAAUAGUAGGUUUGCGUUUGGAGGCUGACAGUGACAGGACCGAGAGCAAUUUUAUCAGCCAGGUCGUUGAGAAACUGAAGACCGUGAUAGCCUUGAUCGAAAGAGAGGAAGGAACCAACAUGGUUUCUACUAGUAUGUCCUCUAUGAAUUCUAUUGGAAAUGCUUCAUCUGGAGACAUCUUACAGCCGAUAGCGCCUUUCCCCAGCAAUGGAAUGAAAGAAGUCCUGAAGCAAUUGGAAGAAAAGAUAGAUUUCAAAUCCGAAGAAACUCAAAUCGUUGGAAUUGUUGGGAUGCCUGGGACUGGUAAAACAGCCCUCGCGGAAAUGCAUCAUCAAGAGUGGCAGUACAAGUUUUUGUUCAAUGAGUUUUUCCGGGGAUUCCGUGAAAAGUCCAAAGACGACUAUGAUUGGGUGAAGAACACGCUUCUAAAUGCUCAACUCCAAAGGACAGGCAAUGUAAAGAUUUUUGUCGUUCUAGAUGACGUGAGCGACAAGAAACAACUCGAGUUCCUUCGGACGAACCCCGGACUUAUUAAGAAAGGAAGCAAGAUUGUGAUAACAACACGUGACAAGGGAUUGAUAGCAGAUUUAGUUGAAGAUACAUACGUGGUCCCUGGAUUGAACGACAAAGAAGCUCUACAGCUCUUCAGCCAUCAUGCCUUCAAUGGUCAAGACUGUGAUCAUCCCCCAGAGAAUUUCAUUGAAAUGUCAAAAAUGUUUGUGGAAUAUGCCGGAGGCAAUCCACUAGCUCUCCAGGAAUUGGGAAAUGAGCUUUGCGGGGAAAAUGAGGCUCACUGGAGAAGGAGACUAGAAACGCUGCCACAUUGUUGCAAUGAGAACAUCGGAAGAGAACUAAGAACCAGUUAUGACGACCUGACUGAGAUGCAGAAACAUGCAUUUCUCGACAUAGCUUGUUUCUUUAGAUCCGAGGAAGAAGAUUAUGUACAACAUUUACUGGACACUAACUCUGGUGAAGCUGGAAGCGAAGUUAGAGAUCUCGCCGACAAGUUCAUGAUAAAUAUCUCUGCGGGCCGAGUAGAUAUGCAUAAUCUCUUUUGUACGCUGGGAAAAGAAAUUGGUUCAUCAGUUGAAAAAAAUUUGGGGAAAAGUAGAUUGUGGAAUCGUCAAGAUGCUUGUGAGGCUCUGGUCCUCAAAAAGGGAACUGUUAGUGCACGAGGUGUAUUCCUAGAUAUGUCCAAAAUAGGCAAGGGAAUAGCCUUAGAACGUAAAGCUUUGAUUAAGAUGCCGAAUCUGCGGUACCUCAAAUUUUUUGACUCUGGCUGUCCUCGGCAAUGUGAGCCUAUUGACGGCAAAGUAAACUUGCCUGAGGGACUUGAGUUUCCCUUGAAAGAGAUCCGAUAUCUUCACUGGCUGAAAUUUCCACUGGAGGAACUUCCGCCAGACUUCAACCCAGAGAAUCUUAUUGACCUUAGGCUGCCUUACAGCAAGAUUAAAAGGGUUUGGAGAGAGACUAAGGAUACACCAAAUUUAAAGUGGGUAGAUCUAACUCAUUCGACUAACUUGAACGACAUUUCAGCUUUGUCAAAUGCUAUAUCUCUUAGACGGUUGAGUCUUGAAGGUUGCACUAAGCUUGAUAAGUUGCCAGAAGGUAUAGAAAAUAUGAAGAGUCUUGCUUUCUUGAAUCUCAGAGGAUGCACAAGGCUCUUGUCUCUCCCAGACAUUAAUAACUUAAUCUCUCUCAAGACUCUCAUCCUCAGUGACUGUAAAAUGUUCAACGAAUUUCAGGUAAUUUCUGAUAAUCUUGAAUAUCUACAUUUAGAUGGUACUGCGAUUAAGGGACUCCCUCCGUCCAUCCAAAACCUCGGAAAACUUAUUGUUUUGAAUCUGAAAGACUGCAAUGAACUUGAGUCUCUACCAGACUGUCUUGACAAGCUUAAAGCUCUUCAAGAACUGAUACUCUCUGGUUGUUCAAGGCUUACAAAUUUUCCCCAUGUUGAGGAAAUUAUGGAGAAUCUUCAAAUUUUAUUACUCGAUGGGACGUCGAUCAAAGAGCUUCCAAGUACAUUAUUACAUUCUGGUAAUAACUCCAUCGACCAAUUGGCUUUACAACGGAUACAACUCCGGAUGACUGGAUUAUCCUUGUUGCGGCGUCUAUGCUUAAGUAGAAAUGAUAAGAUCAGCAGCUUGCAAUCAAGCAUCAGUCAACUCUAUCAUUUGAAAUGGAUUGACUUGACGUAUUGCAGUAAUCUGACAUCUCUUUCGACCCUCCCACCGAACCUACAAUGCUUAGAUGCACAUGGUUGCACCUCACUAAGAACAGUUGCCAGUCCUUUGGCCAGUCUCUUGCCAUCAACAGAGCAGGUCCCAUCCUCAUUUAUUUUCACCAACUGUGAAAAAUUGGAGCAUGUUGCAAUGAACGAGAUCAUGUGCUAUGCUCACAAUAAGAGUCGUCUAAUUUCAGAUGCACUGAACCGCCAAAAUAAGGGACUUGCUUUUGAAGUUUUGGUUGGCACUUGCUUUCCCGGAAUUGAAGUUCCGGCAUGGUUCAAUCACAAAGCCUCUGGAGCAGUCAUAAAGCCAGAGCUGCCUAGACAUUGGAGUGAAAGUGGGUUUGUUGGAAUAGCUCUAUGUGCUAUUGUCUCAUUUCAUGACUACAAAAUCCAAAACAACAACGUCAUGGUGAAAUGCAUAUGUGACUUCAAAAAUGCCAUCGGAACAUCCUCUGCUAGCUUUUCCAACUGUGAUGUUGGAGGUUUAUCCGAGGCAGGCAAUGAGCAAUGCACAGUCAAAUCUACUCAUGUUUUCAUUGGCUUCACUAGUUGGUUGAAUAUCAACAAAAGUAGAGAAGUUGGCCUUAAGGAAGGGUGUAUUCCUGCUAAGGCUUCCAUUGAAUUUAAGGUCACGGAUGGUACUUGUGAGGCUGCAAACUGUGAGGUACUAAAGUGCGGUUUUAGUUUCGUUUGUGAAUCUGAUAAUGGUUCUUGGAAUGCAAAUGCUGACGCAAAUCCAAUGAUUUAUGAAUCUAAUAAUGGUGCUUUGGAGGCAAACGCUGAAGCAACUCCAGUGAUAGUUGAAACUAAUACUGGUUCUUCUGAUGCAAAUGUGGUUGCAAAUCCAGUGGUAGAGGGAGAAAUACAAGGUGGAGGUAGAUUUUUGAGUCUCUUGAGAAGAAGAGCAUGGUUUUUAAAUUUAUGA